AUGGCGUCUAUUGGUGAGCAGCACUACAGGAUCGAAACGACGGCUUCUGCUCCUCCACAACAACCUCCAAAACGUGUCCGAAGGUUACCACCAGAAAAGAGGCAAAAAGUGUCGACUGCUUGCGAUUCAUGUAAAAAGAGGAAAUUCAAAUGUACUGGAUCUAAUCCAUGUGACUUAUGUGUGAGAAAAGGUUACGAAUGCACGUAUACCGUUGUUGACAAACGUUCGCUUAAAAGCGAACGUCUAUUCAAAUUGAGGGAGCAAAAAAGGAUACAAGAGGAAAUGGAGGCACAGCGCAGAUUGGGACAGAAACAGCUCGAAACUGGCGACAGGUCUGAUUAUUCACAGACGGUGACUUCGGUACAACAUUCAGAGCUUCUACCUCAACAACAACAACAACAACAACAACAACAACAACAACAACAACAACAACUGGUUCACCCUUACCAUGGACCACAAGGUUUUCAUCUUCCCAUUCCUGCUGCCGGGACUACUUACGUUGUUCAACAACAACAGCCUUAUCCCAAUCAGCAAGUGACACCACCAGACGCACCACCGUAUCAUCUGCCGCUACAAAAUUUGCAACCCUAUCAAAAAGUACCACCCUCUCAGCUGUUUCAGGCUUCACUUCCCCCGCCACCAACACAGAUGUAUCAACCACCACCUCAACUGUAUCAACCACUAGCCCCGCAUCUUCCUCAAGGGCCACAGAACUACCACAUGGGAGCACAAUUACCACAACCACAACCACAACAGCAACAGCAACAGCAACCACAGUAUCCAUAUUAUGCCCCACAACAUCAGAGGUUAUCCAUUUCAGUUUCUCCUAAAAAUCCACAUAAAUCAUAUCAGCAGCAGCAGCAGCAGCAGGGUCAAGGGCAACAAUCAAGUUCCCAUCUUGAAACCAAUCCAAUGUAUCAUACCGGCUCUUCCUCAUAUCAGCAAGUUUCUUCAACUGGCGUAAAUCCCGAUAAUGGUUUGAGGGGACUUCUAGGGUCUCAUGGAGGUAUGGGAUCGUUACCGCCCUCGCAACGUAAAACACAAAGAGACUCUUCCAGUGCUCACACCCAACACCCACCACUACAAACGCACUCAAGUGAACCAGCUUAUUAUAGUAGUGCAUCACAAGUGCCACAAUUUGACCAGAGUCAUCGCCCACCAUCUUUUUCUCAGAGUGAAAGCUUUGAGCGGGAAGAAUCAAGGUCUGGCCCUCAAGCAGGGUCAAACGCUGCCAAAUUCCAGACAAAAAGUCAAUCCGUUGCACUGGUGGAAGAAGCCCAUCAGCCAGGGCUGAAGAGACCCAGUAUCCUCACACCAGACUCACCUGCAUUAUAUACUAUUGAUAAACCGAGAUCCAACUCGAUUCCCAAGUUUCUUCAGCCGUUACUUUCUUUUCCGCUGUCACUUGACAAGGAAAAACAUGCUGGCGGCUCCAAAGUAGCUCAAGACAUUGGUGGUGCUAGUGGUGAGAAUGCGGAAUCAGCUACGAGAAGAACACGCAAACCAAAGGUUUCUGCUCUGACCAAAUUGAAGAGUAAAGCUGAAUCAAAUGCAAUUAUCGAUGAAGAAAUUGCCGAUGAAGUGGGGAACGAAGUCGAUUUACUGGAGUCGAAAGAUGGUGUUUCCAAUCAAGCAGGUAAAAGCUGCAUUUUGUUGAACGACAAAUCGGGUACAUUCAGGUACAUGGGUGAAACAAGCCCACUUUCUGUCUUGUACGAAACGAGAAACAUUUUUUACCUGUACGUGGGGAAGACCAAAUUGACGGAAGAUUUACGUGGGUGUCCCGUUGUUGAUAAACCCAAUGAGAUUAGGGCCGAGGUAGUGGUGCAUUUACCCUCAUCUCGAGAAAGAAAUGUCUACAUUGAACAGUUCAAACGGAACAUUAAUGACACUUUUUUCAUUUACGAUAUGGACAAGUUUUGUCGUGAGAUUGUUGACCCAGUGUAUCUUGAUCCUACAAAUGUCGAAAAUCAAACAAAACUAGUUCAGUUGUAUUUGGUUUUGUCCAUUGGUGCAACGUAUUUUGCUUUCAAGAACAAAGAUCCCGUGGCUGACUUGGGGGCUCGUUAUUUUGAAUCGGGUCUUUUGGUGUUUAGAUCGCUUUCCGAAGAUUCAGAAAUGUGGUGUGUGAUUACCCAUUAUUUACAGUUCCACUACUAUCAAUCCAUAUUGAAGAAAUCAACCGCAUGGAUUCAUUUGAAUUUGGCGAUAAAGUUUGCUCAAUCACUCGGGUUGCAUCGUAAUUUUAUUAACGAGCAAUUCUCCAAAUUGACUGAUGAGUGUGAGUAUAGAAAACGAAUCUUUCGGAGCCUCUAUUGCAGCGACCGAAUCUCCUCGGUUUUUAUUGGCCGACCAUUGGCGAUAAAUGAUUAUGAUUGGGAUGACCCAACAAGAUACAAGCAAUCAAAAUCGUUGAUUUCAUCUAGUCUCAGUUUCAAUGGUAAGUGUCAAAUUGAAUUGACGAGAAUCAGUCAUUUGAUUGGCAAGAUUGUUGCCAAUUUCUACCAGAAUAGAAUAAUUGAUAUCGAUAGAACUAAGAAUUUGGCAGUUCAGUUAAAAUUGUGGUCCAAGAACCUAGAUCCAUUACUUGCAGUAGAAAAUUUGUUUAAACCACACGGAAUCCCGCAUGAUGAGGAUGGUGGCAACACUCAAAUUGUUUUGAUGAUGCAUUUGCUACAAUUGUUCGCUAUUAUGUUGCUUUGUCGGCCACUUUUCAUGUACGAUGCUGUAUCUCAUGUCAAUACCGCUUUCCCCAAAACCAACACCUUGAAGGACAAGUCGACUUCGAGGCAAUUCAUUCAAGCAGCUACAAAAGCGUCGAUUUUGGCUAUUAAGUUGAUGAACCAUUACAUCAGCACCACUUUCAAGGAGGUUAAACGAAUGGAAUGCUACAUCAUAAUAACGUGUUGUUUCUAUAGUUCCAUUUUCAUUGGCAUCAGUGUUUUGAAUGGUAACUACCAGUUCGAAGCUGAGGGAGGAGAGGAUGAAGAGUCAGUAACUUAUACUGAAACUGAAAUGAUGAAUUUGUUGCACAACGCAGUACAUAUCUUGAGACACUACUCAACUUGUAACAAAGGUGCUGAAAGGUAUGCUGAAAUCGGCUCAGACUUAAUCGGCGCCUUGGCCAAUAGACACAAACAGAGAACGACAAGAACAAGUGCCGACGAAACAAUCAAUACCGGCGAGAGCAAUGCUAAUUCGGCGACAUCACUUGCCGAGGUAGACGAAGUGUUCAACUAUUUCAACUUCACAGAUGAUGCUAAUGCACAAGAUUUGCAAAAUUUGAUCGAUUUUCAACAAUUUUUCGUGUCACUGGAUAUAACCAGUGGCUCUAUUCCAGAUUCUAGUAAUAUGCCAUAUGAUUAUGGCAAUUAUGAUUUAUUUUUUGGUGAUAAAUAUUAA